GUAUAUGCGUUUAAAUAAUUUAUUAAUUGGUUGAUUGAUAGGUAAAGAUUGCUGGGGUUGAUCUGAUGUACUUUCUUGUGGAUCUAAACUAUCAUUUUAAUUAUUAUUAUGACUUCUAUACAAAACAACAACAAUCAAGAAACCAUGCCAUUGAACUGUGAGGCCCUCACAUCAGGCCUUCAAAGUAAUGGGCACCUACAAACACCACAGUGUAACGGGAGUCCAUUAGAAGGGUUUAUAGAACCCAAAAAUGAUGUCUUUACACAUGCAAAUUUUCUAGAACUAGAUCGCACAAUAGCUACUGAAUUGUUCGAGUCUUCUAUUGAACCCAACAAAAAACCUGCAUACAUAGAUUCAUGGUUUUUGCAUUCUGGCAUCAAGGUGGCACAACUAUGCCAGUUGAACAGUGUGGAACGCCAAUUUUAUCCUUUCUUGGUAAAUAAUCGGGUUCAAAAUUCUCCAUUUUUCAUGUUUCCUCGAAGUUACCCUUGUGAUUAUGACCAUCAAGAGUUCCAUUUUUUUGUGGUUAUCGAUUUUGAGGCUACAUGUGACAAGGAAAGGAAUCCUCAUCCCCAAGAGAUCAUUGAGUUUCCUUCAGUUAUAGUGAGUAGUGUGACUGGUCAACUAGAAGCUUGUUUCCAAACAUAUGUCCGUCCAACGUGCAAUCAGCUUUUGAGUGAUUUUUGCAAAGAUUUGACAGGAAUCCAGCAAAUUCAGGUAGACAGAGGAGUUACUCUUAGUGAAGCUCUCCUUCGACAUGAUAAAUGGCUUGAGAAGAAGGGAAUAAAGAAUGCCAACUUUGCUGUGGUUACUUGGUCAAACUGGGACUGUCGAGUCAUGCUAGAAUCAGAAUGCAGAUUCAAGAAAAUUCGUAAGCCUCCUUAUUUUAACCGAUGGAUCAACUUAAAAGUACCAUUUUGGGAGGUCUUUGGUGGUGCAAAGUGCAAUUUAAAGGAAGCAGUGCAAAUGGCAGGUCUAUCAUGGCAGGGUCGACCUCACUGCGGUUUAGAUGAUGCCAAGAACACUGCUCGCCAGCUUGCUCUCAUGAUGCACAAAGGUAUUAAGUUCUCCAUCACCAAUUCUUUAAUGUGUCAGUCUGCCGAACACCACACGUUUGCCUACAAGCCGCCAUUUGGACCAAUCCCUUUUCCACCACAUCAUCAUCACCUACCACCACACAAACCAAAGGACCUGCACUUAAUUCCAAUAUUUCAUCCUUGCUGUUACUGUGGAGUGAAAAGCAGCAAAGGAAUGGUUUGUAAACCAGGCCCAAAACAAGGUAGCUGCUUUUUUGGGUGCGGGAACUGGACUUCCGUCAGAGGUGCUCGUUGCCAUUUCUUUGAAUGGGCCUGAAGAAGCAAAAUACUUUUCUCCCCUUCAUGGUCUCCAUUUUAAGCUAUGUGCAAGUUUUUGUAAAAAGAUGGGAAAAUGGAAGAAAAACAAAACAGGAUAUUUAUCGUGUCAUAUUGAAGGGGGUGGAGUAAAUAUUUUAUGCUAGGCUCUAAAACGCCACAUGGUAAGUGGGGUGGCAGAAACUCCAUUAAGUUGAGUAAGAUUUUAGAGUUGUGACGAAACUAGUAGAAUGUAGUUGUCGGGGAAUGCUUUUAUUGCAUACCUAGCUAAUAUCUAAAAUAAUCCAUUAAAGGGCCUGGGGGGUAUAUGUUUUUUUGUUUGUGUGUUAACGAGUAUAGUAUGGUAAAAGGUAAUUCUGAAAGCAGACUGGUGAAGACUGGUGAAGAAAUUAUACUGAAUUUUAAUUCUGCAGUAUGAUCAUUAUUUCGAAUAUAUUUUUAUUCCUUUUCA